UUAUCCAAGUCAUAUCAGGAAUACGCCGAGAGCACGGUAGCUUCACCGAAAUGGAUAAUAUUUGACGGCUCCAUAGAUCACGUUUGGAUUGAUAGAUUGACUACAGUUUUAGACGAGAAUAAAAAAUUAUGCCUCGUUUCCGGCGAAAUUAUCCCAAUGAACAAACAAAUGAACCUAAUCUUCGAAACCGAUUCGUUGGAUUACAUUUCACCGUCGAUUUUAUGCAACUGCGUAAUAGUGAAUUUUGAGACACGAAUGAUCAACUGGAAGAGUCUUUUUGGUAAAUUUACAACCAUUUUGGAGAAGAAGUUAUCGCAAGAUCAUUUAGAUACUCUGCGUGACAUUAUCGAAUGGAUUAUUCCCGCUGUUUUGGAAUUUUUAACCGAUCACGCUGAGCAAGUAAUCAUUGUGUCGGAAAAUUACAUGUUUAAUGUAGGUACUAGGUACAUUUACAUUAUUUUAUAAAGUAAGCUGUUGUUUUUAUUGCAAUGGUACGGUUUUAUUGUGCAGAAUUUUACUAAAAUGAUGAUUUGCAUGCUUGAAAGUCAAAACGAUUCGUCGUCCAGUUUAUUAUGGAUUCAAUGCGUCUUAUUGUUUUGCACGGUUUGGGCUUUCGCUGGCAAUAUAUCAUGUAAAUAAAUGUCUACUAAUGUAUAUGUUUGCGUAAUUUGAAUGUAUGCCAAUCAAUUUCGCAUUAAAGACGUUUCAUGUUUAUGAUUUCAAUCAUUCAAUCAGACGAAUCGAAAAUAUUAUUCAAUACAUUCUAUCGCAACUUGUUAGCCGGUCAAAUUGAAAAAUACCCGGUACCAGGUAAAUUUAAAUUAGCCAAGAAUCAAUUAUUUCCCGAUAAAAACACAGUCUUCGAUUGGGUCUGUGAUAAGAAAUCGUCUGGGAUUUGGAUCCCGUGGAUAAAUUCGAUAGAAACUAGUUCGAUGGCGACAACAAAAAUUGACGAUUUAUUCAUUUACACAUCUGAUAACGCGAUGCAAAUGUACUUUUUGAAAUUAUGGUUCCAAGAUCAACAACCGUCCUUAAUACUUGGUCCUCCGGGGAACGGUAAAACAGCCACAAUGUUGCAUUACCUAUCUCACCUGCCAACAGAUAAAUACAUCUCCAACAUUAUCAACUUAUCGCAUUACACAUCGGCUGAAAACGUUCAAGAAAUGAUUAUGUCCAAGAUAGACAGACGACGUAAAGGAGUCUACGGUCCAUCGAUGGGUAAGAAAAUCAUACUAGCUUUUGACGAUUUCGAAAGAUCAGUGAAUUCUGAAAGUACCGAGAACAUCGUCGAAUUAUUACGACAAUUAUUGGAACGUAAAUUUUGGUACGAUUCGAAAGAAGCGUGUCGAGUCGAACUGAUAGAUUUCCUAUUCACCGGUGCAAUGGCUCCGCCUACGAAUCGAGCUAAAAGCUUAUUUCUUCGGUUCGUACAUCAUGUUAAUAUUAUUCCUUCGAAGCCGUUGAACGAAACCAUCGCGUCGAGUAUAUUUAGCGGAGUACUGGAAAAACAUUUAUCUAAUAAUGGGUUCUCGCUUCAAAUAUGCCAACUUAGCCAGGUAGGUAAUUGUACUUUGCAAAAUAUUCACAGUAUUAUAUGAGAUGGACGAGUAGACUACCCAAGUUACGGAAACGCCUUUUAGUCCAGUCAUUUAAAAUUUUUUAUUCUGAUUAUUUUUCUACAAUUUUUUUUUGCCGGAUCCUGUAACGUGAAAAGGGUCCUAUUCAUUUCGAGUGUAAUCGCAGACAAGGAAAUUUUCAUGGG